CAAACAUUAAACAAAUUAUUUUAGGGUUACAUAGAAAAGAAACUAGGAAAUUAAAUAACUCAAAAUUUUUAUGCAAAAAUAUUGAAUAUGACUGAACCAAGCAUUGCUAAAGAUGCUGUUCUCGUGACUUCCGAACCCAUUCCAGAAGGUACACCUGUAAUUAAAGGCUACGAAUGGAAUAAUGGUAUAAAUUAUUCCGCAUUAUUAGAGUCUUUUCUUAAUACUGGAUUUCAAGCUACCAACUUCGGUUUAGCUGUGAAUGAAAUAAAUAAAAUGCUUGAUUGUAGGGAAAAACCACUUGAUGAAAAAGAUAUUGAUGUUUAUGAAGAGGAUGAAUUUAUCAAGAGGAAAUCAAAUUGCACGAUAUUUCUUGGAUACACAUCGAAUAUGGCAUCUUCCGGAAUGCGAGAAACAAUUAGAUUUUUAGUAGAAAAAAAUAUGGUAGAUUGUAUUGUAUCGACAGCCGGUGGAAUUGAAGAGGAUUUAAUUAAGUGUCUAGCACCCACUUAUUUAGGAUCAUUUGAACUUAAAGGAAAAGAGUUAAGGGAAAAAGGUAUAAAUAGAAUUGGAAAUUUACUUGUACCAAAUGAUAAUUAUUGUAAGUUUGAGAAUUGGAUUAUGCCAAUUCUAAAUGAAAUGCUUCAUGAUCAAAAAGAAAAACAGAUUUUAUGGACUCCAUCGAAAAUUAUUCAACAUCUGGGUGAACGUAUCAAUGAUACAUCAUCUAUAUAUUACUGGGCAGCAAAAAAUAAAAUACCUGUAUUUAGUCCGGCAUUAACUGAUGGUAGUUUAGGUGACAUGAUGUAUUUUCAUUCACAUAGAAAUCCUGGUUUAGUUAUCGAUAUUUUAUCUGAUUUAAAGCGUUUAAAUUCAAUAGCUGUAAAAGCUAUUAAUUCUGGUAUGAUAAUAUUAGGUGGAGGCUUAAUAAAACAUCAUGUUUGCAAUGCAAAUUUAAUGCGGAAUGGAGCAGAUUUUUCAGUUUACAUUAAUACAUCAUCUGAAUUUGAUGGUAGUGACAGUGGUGCUAGACCAGAUGAAGCUAUUUCAUGGGGGAAAAUCAGAAAAGAUUCAAAUCCUGUUAAAAUUUAUGCUGAAGCAAAUUUAGUUUUUCCUUUAAUUGUAGCUGAAACUUUUGCUAAACGUGUUUUCUCAUCAUAAUAAAAUACAGAAAGUUUUGAGAAUUUAAUCAAAUAAUGUGUGCUUUUUUCAUAUUCCAAAAGACAUAAACCUGAAAAGAGGAUCUAUU